GUUGUGUUUCCGCCCGCGGAGGGAGCUGGUGGGGGAGGGGUGGUACAGGGUAGCUGGAAAGUAAGGAGAUUUGGAGAGUGAAACCUACCGAGAGUCUGACCGGAGGUAUAGGUAGUACUGUAAAACAUUGGUCUGAGUGCCGGCUUUGGAAGUAAAGGAUAAAGUAUUUGCCUCUACGAGGGUAUACAGUUAUAGAAGCUUCUCUCCAAGGAGUGGGUCGCUUGUUGUAGUGGAAAAGGAAUAGUGUGUCUUAGCCGGGCACUGUGCCCAGGCAAUACCGCGGCUUUAGGCCUACCACCGGGGAAGUCCUCGGGGUCCCUGUGGGUGGGAAGCGCAAAAAAUCAGCAGCAGGGCUGUUGAGGCCUCACAAGGUCUCCUCAUGUCCAUCAAGUGCUGGCCGCAACUCUGCGGCUUCCUGCCCACAUUGUGGUCAGUGGCUGUGGUUUGGACCCCGUGACCCUUCCCUGAGCGUGGUGUAGGACGUCAUGAGCAUUGCAGUCCCUCUGGGAGUUACCACACCGGAUACAUCCUACUCUGACAUGGCUGCUGGAUCAGACCCCGAAACAGUGGAAGCAAGCCCCGCUGUCUGUGAGAAGAACAUUUACUCCAGUCACAACUACAGGAGUGUACAGAGUCAUGGUUACAGAGGAUUGCCUUAUGCUGAUCAUAACUAUGGAGCUCCACCUCCUCCCACGCCUCCUGCCUCACCACCAGCACACACUAUAAUCCCUAGAGUUGAACUAAAUGGACUGCAUGACAGAUAUGAAAAGAAGUCCGAGGAAAGUGGCAGCUCCUGUGAUGAAGAAAGUGACUCUCCUUGGUGCAACUGUAGCUUGUCUCAAGAUGGCUUCCUUGUUAGGUGUGACAGCUGCAGGAACUCAAAUCGGAAUGCCAUCCGGGUGCAGCGCCGAAAACAAGACAAUGUGUCUGGUGGUGAGAGCAGUGCUACUGAGAGCUGGGAUGAAGAGGUUUCAACUCCAGCUGUUUCAUACACAGCAACUCAACAUACCCCUACUUGCAUCACUCUUACUGUGAACAGACUGAAAAGAUCAAAACCCAAAAAGAGGAAAAGGAGUGCAGAGAAGCCUCGAAAUUCCCCAAGAGCCAAGAAGAUAAAGUCCUUCCGAGAAGGCUCACGAAAGUCCAUGCGAAUGAAGAAUUCUCCAUCGGAAGCUCAUGCUCUAGAGGAAAACAGUUCAGAAGACUGGGAUAAUCGGAUUCGGUUAUGGACAGAUCAGUACGAAGAAGCUUUUGCAAAUCAGUAUAGUGCUGAUGUACAAAUCCAUUUGGAGAGACAUUUGGCCUCCUUCCGAGACACUGUUGGGAAAAGUGUACUGAUAGACACCAUCAGCAAAACUGAACUGUCUUGCAAUAACACUGUGCUUGGAUCUCAGAUGCAGUUUCAUCUUGGAAGGGUGGCUAGAGUACAGAAACACCGUAAGAUAUUGCGAGCAGCAAGGGAUCUGGCUCAGGACACACUCAUUAUUGAAUACCGAGGAAAGGUCAUGCUCCGGCAGCAGUUUGAAGCCAAUGGACACUUCUUUAAAAAGCCGUAUCCCUUUGUGCUUUUCUAUUCCAAGUUCAGUGGAUUAGAGAUGUGCGUUGAUGCCAGGACAUUUGGUAAUGAUGCAAGGUUCAUAAGACGUUCCUGUACUCCUAAUGCAGAGGUGCGGCAUAUGAUUGCGGACAGAAUGAUCCACCUGUGCAUCUACGCAAUUGCUGAUAUUUGCAAAGACGCAGAGAUAACGAUUGCCUUUGAUUAUGAAUAUAGUAAUUGCAAUUACAAGGUGGACUGUGCUUGCCACAAGGGAAACCAAAACUGCCCAAUACAGAAUCAAAAGGAGAGUCCAUCAGAGACUGUAUCAGCGCCAUCUUUGAUGUUACUACAACAGGGAACAGAGACCAGACGAAGGAAGGCCAGACGAAAAGAGUUGGAGCAAGAGAACCAGAGCUCUGUGUUUGAGAACAGCAGCCAACAUAAUCGGCAGGAGGAAGAUGAUGAAUCAGCUGAGACCAAAGAGCAACAGGAAGUGUCUGAAGAACCUCAAAACAUCAAAAAGGAGAAAGAGACUGAGGACCCAAAGCUCGAAACAAGUGAAGAUUUUGCUAAGAAGACUGGCUUGCUGCAGAAUCUCUUGAUGCCAGAAGAGCAGAAGGUUGAAGCUGCUAACAUCCUUGACAGUGUAGAAAAGCAAAAGUUGUCUUCAACUACGGACCAUAGUGCUUGCUUAGAGGAAGAAGCUGAUGUUGAGGCACCUACAGCAGACGCAGGAGAGCCUGAGAAUGCUGAGCCAGCACAUGUUCUGGGAAGUAGUCCUUCAGGAGUUAACACACUGCAUUCUAUGCCAGACCCUGAGAUGACUGCAGAGAAACCUGUUAAACCAGUUGCACCGAAACACCCCAGGCCACGUCCAAAGAGUCGGUUUUCCAGAUAUCGUUCUGGUUCUUCUCAGAGGGUGAGACGCCAGAGACAAGCCAGUAUACAGCAAGUGGAGCAAGUACAGACAACAGAAGAAGGAAAUGCAAGUGCUGCAGUAGCACUAGGAGAGCCUGGUAGUACAGAAGGUGCUGCAGUAAGUGGACAGAUAAUUGGGUCAGAUGGAGCAGCAGCUUUAGCCACAGGAUCACAGAUGUGUCGCAGCAAUGUUAAAUAUCCCAAAACUAAAAAGUAUUUUGCCACAGAAUGGUUAAAUGAUAAAGUAGAGAAACCGGAUUGCUCAGUUGAGCGCCCGUUGCGCAUCACCACAGACCCCACAGUACUGGCAACUACUUUGAAUGCACUUCCUGGCCUUAGCCACUCACCUUUAAUUUGCACAAUCCCCAAACACUACAUUCGAUUUGGCUCGCCCUUCACCCCUGAGAGACGCCGGCGUCCAGUUCUUGUGGAUGGCAGCUAUGGAUCUUGUAAGAAGAGGUGGAUAAAGCAAGCUAUGGAAGAAGCCAUGGCCCAAGUCCCUCACAGCUCAACUGAGAGCAGAGCUCAGUCUUUGUACCAAAGCAGUGAGAACAGUAAUUCCUCUAUUUCUAGCCCUAAAAGCUGUGAACUUAUCACCCCAAUAAAGAAACGGAAGUAUCACUACCUGAUAGAGCAGUGUGUAUCAGAAUUACAGAGGCCUUUGUCACCAAUCACCCCUCCCCCGACAGAUCCCGAUUGUCUGAGUCCACUUACAACACCACCCUGUUCUGCGUUGCCAGGAGAGGAAGAGAGGCGCUGUGGCUUGAUGUUCUCACCUGUUCACUCGCUCACUGCCAGUCGCUGCAAUACUCCACUCCAUUUUGAGAACAUAUCCUCCCCUGAGAGUUCCCCUGCGCAUAUGCCUGAAUCCCUGUCACCUGAGCUGUCUGCCAGGCCAGAGUUUGAUCAGUCAAGUAAAACAGGAUACUCCGAUGUCACGAAUACUGGCUCUGACAUUCAGGGAUUGCCCUGUGCAGGACUGACUGAACCUAAUAGUCAAUCUUGUGGUGCUGCUUUGGACAUGUUUCUAACGGGCAGAAGCUUAGAAGGGCAGCCAUUAACGGACCAGGGUUUCAGGACAGAAUUUAAUUUGAUCUAUACCUGUUCACCUUUAACUUCAUCGCAGCAGAGAACUGAUGGAUUAUUAAGAGGGAAUGUUUCAAGUGACGAUAAAAAGCCCUGUCAGUCUGAUACUGCAUUUUGUAGCUCUCCAACAGAGGUUUACCCUGGCAGGUAUAGUCAAGGGCUCUUUUCUGAAACAGUGCCAUGCCCCUUGUCUCCAUAUGGGGAGAGAAUGAGUGACGGAACAAGGUCUCAGCAGAAUCCACCUCAGAAGAAAAAGGUUUCAUUGCUGGAGUAUCGGAAAAGGAAGCAAGAAGCUAAAGAAGGUGGUUCAUCUAUAGGCACACCAACAAGGUCUAGUAGUAACAGCACAUCUGCAGACUCUGAAUCUUCCAGCAUGUUGGGGUCAUCAUCAAGAGCACCUUCUUCUCCUCAGAGUGGCUUUUCUUCCCCUGUACAUUCAUCAGUCCCACAGAUUGAAGAGGUCAGUCCCCCAGACACUAGUAUCAGCCGAUCUGUAGGGAUUUCAUCUCUUUCCAAGUCUCAGGAUAACAUCUGUAGUCGAUGGAUGGUUCCAACAUCAGUGGAGCGUUUGCGGGAAGGGCGAGGGGUACUGGAGCGGGUACAGCGGAGUGGACAGAGGGUAGAAUCAAGUACAGGAGAGCUGCUGAGAAACAAAGAGCCGGAUUGCAUAGUAGAAGGUGAUCAUCUAGAAGCAGUUGGAUCAUCUCACAGUAAAAUGGGUACCAGCGUUUACAGUCCUCAUAGAUAUGGUCUCAGUCCUUCUAGAUAUAGCUAUUCGUUGUUGCAGGUGCAGUCUGAAAAUCCCCAGUUGGAAUGCCAAGCCCUUUCUCAGCACAGCAUGUCACCAUGCAGAGGACAGAAUGCAACAGCAAGUCACAUGGUGUCCUCCCCAGGAUAUGGUUACCGGUCUGCAGGGCAGCGUCUGGGACAUGGACUACAUCACAACCCUUCAUCAGACUCUGUUUCAUCUGCUCCUUACUCCAGUCCUGCUCACCCAACACCCACAGAUACUACUUUGGCACAUUUUGUGGUCAGUUCUGGAUAUUACAGUAGCCAGCAACAUUCAGGGGGAAGUACAUACAGCAGUGCUGGCCAUCUAAAGACAGGUUUGGCUAGUCAGAACUUGGGUGUUAGUAGCCCACUUCAGAAUUGUACAGAAAUGGCCCCUACGGACUCUGUUUCUCAGACAAGUGCUGCUGCUUCAAGUACAUCUUCUCUUCCACAGGGUACACGUGCAUCAAGUUUACGGAUUUUAAACCCAGGGAGCCCUGGUCAGCAGACUCACCUUUCUGGGGCAAGGUCAGGCACGACGAACAGUUCCCAGCUUUUUCAGCACCGAGGAGGAGUUUUACACCCAUGUCAGUUGCCAUCACACCAGGGCUCAGGAGUAAGGACACAGUCUGGACCUUCAUAAUAUUCCACAGAAAUGUUCAAAGACCAUCAUGGCAAGUCAAGUCUAGUCCUGUUUGGACCACUUGCAGUCCAAGACUGUAAGUCCCAUCUGCAGCCUAACACAGGCAACAGGAUGUGUGCUGCCACUGAUGUGGACUGGGGACAGUUCACAUGCAGACUCCUCCGAUUCUGAUUCCUUUUCUAGGUUGCACAGGUGGUCUGUAAAAGGUAAAGACAAAAAUGUUGUACCUGUUGUUAAGGUACAUUUUAGAUAUACAAAUCCAUGAAUAAAAGGUUCUAACUCAGAUGAAUAUACUGUUAGGCUCUGUUUCCAGUUUAUAACUAUAAACUGUAGUCAGUUGUGCAGUAAAGAUCGUUUUUUAUAUUAAAAAAUAAAAGUGGGUAAAAAACUAUAUUUCUAGUGUCAGGUUAUAAAUAUGGGAGGGGGGCUAUGGUGGGGAAGGAUCAUUUGUGUAGACUAUCAUUCCAUUCAGAGGCAGACCAUUACAGUACUGUGCUGGUCCAGUGUAUAAGUGAAUGUUCACAAGUGCUAGCAGGCUGACAGGUGAAGAGACUUGAUAUCCAGUGUGCUGGCCCUUGUUUGCUUCAUUCCUUAUUUUUUCUGUGUGCGUGUGUAGCUUCAUUCCAUUCUUCUAUGUGUAUGUGUGUGCAAGUAUGACUGUGUGGAACCCUUUGGUCUGUGCUCCUGUUCUUUAUCCCUGUUUAAGUACUGUAUUGCUGGCACAUGCACUUGAAACAGCCUGGUUCUGUACUUGGUCUGCCCUUAAUUCCAUACUGUUGCCAGCUUUUCCUUAUGUGUAUACUGUAAUAUUCUGGCGUUAAGACACUUUUAUUUAUCUAUUGUUUAUUCAGUUAUAACCAUUAUAGGCUAGCUAAUGUACAAAUUGUAUAAUCCACGGUGCUGCAGUGAUCCUUUUCAAUACAUCAAUGCUGUGAGUCCCUUCCAAGUCUGUCUCUGCCCGUCUUUUCUCUGUUGUUGAGGCACAAAAGUUGGGUUUUAUUUUGAAGUGACUGUUACAGAAUUUCAGUUUCUUUUAAGCUGAAACGGUGUUUAUACAAAUGGAAUUUUUUUAAAGAAACCAACACAAUCAGGUCCCUCUGAUACUUUGCAGCUCUGAAUUGUCCAAAUCGAGUCAUACUGUCUUCAUUUUUCUGUAUACACUGUACAAAAGUUAUUUAAAGACUGGGGUGCCCUAGUCUUAAUGUUUGAAAGCUGCCAUAUCCUUUUUGUCGUGAUGUCUUGCACAGUCCUCUAAUAUUGAAGCAGACAGGAACACAGUAACAAAAAUGAUACCUCACUGGGGUGCUGAUGCUACCUUUUUAAUCCAGCAAGACGGUAAGACAGUGUGUCGUGAGAAAAGUUGUUCUGCUUUUUCUGGAACAAGCUUCUCAAGAGACACUGAGAGACAGGCUCACAAAAGGAGAUCUGGCAGAUUUUAGUAAUUGGUGUUUUUACACAGUGCUGUAACAUUUGAACUUUCAGAAGAGAUGUAAUAAUUUUGAUAAUAAAAUACUUAUGUUGAUAA